GGUCCCCACCCCCUCUGCACGCUUUGGAGCGGAUAUUUCAUAACUUACUUCCGGUUUCGAGGCGGUGGGUCUUGGGACCUUUUUCCACGAGAGUUUCGGCGGGAGGCGGGAGUUGCUGAUUUUGAGCUUCCAUUAUGCUGCUUCUAUGUCUUGGGCUGCUCUCACUUUCUGGCCUGGCUUAUCCUGUGGAAGUGAAGCGUCCACGAGGGGUCUCCCUAACAAACCAUCACUUCUAUGACGAAUCAAAAUCAUUCACUUGUCUUGAUGGCUCUGCCACAAUAUCCUUUGAUAGAGUCAACGAUGAUUACUGUGAUUGCAAAGAUGGCUCAGAUGAGCCAGGAACUGCUGCAUGUCCCAAUGGCCGCUUCCAUUGCUCCAAUGCUGGAUACCGUCCUAUGUACAUCCCCUCUUCCCGUAUCAAUGAUGGGAUCUGCGAUUGCUGUGAUACAACUGAUGAGUACAACAGUGGCACAAUGUGUGAAAACACCUGCAGAGAAAUGGGCCGAAAGGAGCGAGAGGCACUGAAGCAGAUGGCUGAGGUGGCCAGAGAAGGCUUUGAAAUCAAGAAGGCCCUGAUAGAAGAAGCAAGUAAGAGAAAAGAAGAAAAACAGAAAAAACUAACAGAAUUACAGGAGGGUAAGAAUUCUGUGGAAGAACAAGUGGAGGCCCUACGGUUAGCAAAGGAAGCUGCUGAGAAACCUGAAAAAGAGGCCAAAGAUAUCCACCAGAAAGCCUGGGAAGAAAAGAACGCAGCUGAAAAAGCAGCACAGGAUCAAGCCAAAGCGGAAGAGGCUUUUCAUAAAUUGGAUGAUAACACAGAUGGAAUGAUAUCUGUUGUAGAGCUUCAGAUACACCCUGAGCUAGAUGUUGAUGGGGAUGGGACCUUGUCAGAAAUGGAAGCCCAGACCUUGCUGGGUAACUCCUUGCAUGUGGACAGAGUCCAUUUCCAGGAUGUUGUGUGGCCAGCAAUCAAGGAGAAGUUCAAAACAGAGAACUUGGCUGAAGUACAGUCUCUACAAAAUACUCCUGUGGAAGAGGAGUCUGAUACUCAGUCUGAUGCCCAGGUAGACCAGUUAUCACCUGAAGAGGACUAUGAGGAAGAUGAGGAAGAUGAGGAGGAAACUGAUGAUGAUAGUUUGGAUGAAGAGAUGAAGGUCUCCUCACCCAAACCAUCACCAGAUGACAAGGCAGCAGAGGAAGAAAUGGAGAAGAUGCCUCCUUAUGAUGAAGCAACUCAAGCUCUAAUUGAUGCUGCCCAAACAGCCCGAGAACAAUUUGAAGAAGUAGAGAAGUCCUUGAAAGAAAUGGAGGAAUCAAUCAGGAAUCUGGAGAAAGAAAUUUCCUUUGAUUUUGGUCCAAAUGGAGAAUUUUCUUACUUGUAUGGCCAGUGCUAUGAACUCACUACUAAUGAAUAUAUUUAUCGCCUCUGCCCCUUUAACAGAGUGUCUCAGAAACCUAAGCAUGGCAGCUCAGAGACUAACCUUGGUACAUGGGGAUCCUGGGCUGGUUCAGAUGAUAACAAAUUCAGCAUCAUGAAAUAUGAGCAUGGCACAGGCUGUUGGCAGGGCCCCAAUCGAUCUACAUCGGUGAAACUUUCAUGUGGCAAGGAGACAAUUAUCACAUCCACAACAGAGCCCAGCCGUUGUGAGUAUUCAAUGGAGUUUGUUACCCCAGCUGCUUGCCAUGAGCCAAAAGAUCUUGGCCACGAUGAACUCUGAGACAGCUGUACACAACCAUCCCCGCCAGAGAAGCCAGGUUCUAAUUCCAUAUGAUUCCAGGCAAUUUUGUAGAAUUCACCACAUGGUUUGCCUCAAGGUGUGCUCUUCAUGAAUUCCAACAGUUAUUGUUACUCUGGCCCAGUGGACUUUGAGGUUCGAAUUUUCAUUUUCCCUGUCAGCUACUGGGACACAAGUCUUUUUCCCAUCCACCCAGUUGUGACCAAAUAUCAUCUUCCCUAAACACGUCCACUUAGGAUUGCACAACUACCUGGCCUUUGUUCUGCUGGCAGAAGGCUUCCUCCACCCCAAAAUUGGAUGCUUUUAUGAAGAAGGAGAUGCAUUUACUUCUCAUUCAUAGUGGAGAGACCUCAAAACUGUCUACCUGAAGCUUUUCCCUGCUGAUCAUUUUCUGAAAAUCACUCGGUGGUGAUUUUUCCACUGGGUCUGAAACUUUGGGACAAGUGAAACAAGAAGAGGGGACAAAAAUCACCACCUGUUUUUUAUCUGCUGUUUUUCCUGGAAAAAAACCCACAUUCCCAUCCAAUAAAGAAAAGUCCUUUC